AGGCUAGAAGGAAUGCCGCUGGGGAAUCUGUUGCAACGGUGUCUGCAAAAAGGGACUUGUGGCUUUUUAAAGAUUAACGCUACUUGGCUAUGAGUUAUUUAUUUGUAUAUAUUUGAACAGUCAUCAUGGCUGUGUACAUUGAUCACCAGCUAGAAGCUCUUCAGUCCCGUGGACCCCAUUCCCAUAUAGCUUGGCACCACUGCCAGCCAUUUUUGGCAGUUGCAUCCAUCAAUUCCAACUCGGGUGGCAGUGUGGAUAUUUUUCCAGAACAGGGAGAGUAUGUGUCCGAGGCACAUUUGGAGAGAAAUUUCCGGGCCACUUGCCUCAACUGGCAUCCAUCCAAACUGAUACUGGCAGUGGGCUGUGAGAUGGGGGAUGUGGUGGUAGUAAACAAGCAAGACAAGGAGCAUCAUGCAGUCCCCUCUAACCACAACGCUGAUAUUACAGUCCUCAACUGGAGUACUAAUGGCACCCGUCUAGUUUCUGGAGACAAACUUGGCGUUUUGGUGGUAUGGAGGAUGGACCAGCGGGGUAGAGUUCAAGGCCCCCCUUUACUUAAACAUGAGUAUGGAAAACCUCUCAAUUACUCUAUCUUCCGGCCACCCCCUCCGGGCGAGGACUUGGUACAACUAGCCAAAGCCGCAGUGAGUGGUGAUGAGAAGGCCCUGGACAUGUUUAAUUGGAGAAAAUCUGGAAUGGGAAUGCCUCUGAAAAUGGGACCCCAAGAAGGGUUGUCCUUCUUUAUCAGUAUGACAGACGGUACAGUGCAUUAUGUGAACGAGAGAGGGAAAACAACCCAGGUAUUGAUCACAGAGAGUUCAGUUCAAAAGCUGCUCUUCAUGGAAAAGGAUGUCUUAAUAGUCAUAACAGAGACUCUUCUCUUAUCUCUUUAUAAAAUUUCUCCUGAAGGAGAAGCAGAGGAGCUCUUCAAGGUGAAGCUGACUGGGAAGAUGGGUCAUCCUGCUGAUAUCAUUUUAAUUGAUCGUUGCCUCCUUAUCACUGCUACCGGCGAACCAGUUCUUAGGUUCUGGGACCUGGAGCGUGGUGAGAACUAUGUGCUCUCUCUGGAUGAACAAUUUGGGUUUGAAACAGGAGAAUGCAUCAACUGUGUGUCUUACUGCAAUGCUAAAAGUCUUCUGUCAGCUGGGACAGACAAAGGGAGAAUAGCUAUGUGGAGGAAAGUAUCAGUCACCGACCAUAGCUCAUGGUCGCUUGAAGGCAAGGACAGAUGGAAGCUUCAGGCACCUACCGAGCUUGAAGGGAAUAUUAUUCAAAUAAAGUGGGGAACCAAGAAGAAUCUCUUGGCUGUAAACACAACUAACUCUGUGGCGAUUCUUAGCGAACAGGCCAUGUCCUCACACUUCCACCAACAAGUGGCAGUGGUACAAGUUUCACCAAACCUGUUUAGUGUCACUUCCUUCAGUGCAAGAACAACUGAAAACCUCCGUAUUGAUAUGUAUGUGAAUGGUGUUUUUGCCACUAAGGAUGCUGUAGCAUUUUGGAACGGAAGGCAAGUUGCUGUCUUUGAGAUCUCAGGUGCCACUUUACGAAAUUCAGGUUCUUUUGCCUGUGAUUCUCCUGUGCUGGCUAUGCAUGAAGAAAACAUUUACACAGUUGAGCCAAAUCGUGUUCAAGUUCGUACGUGGCAAGGCACUGUUAAACAGCUACUGGUGUUCUCUGAAUCUGAAGGGAAUCCAUUUUUCCUGGAUAUCUGUGGGAAUUUCUUGACUGUGGGAACAGAUUUGGCUCACUUUAAGAUUUUUGAUCUUUCUCGCAGAGAGGCAAAAGUACAUUGCGGCAGCAAGGCCCUGGUGGAUCUGGUUCCAGGCUCUAGUGGGAUUGCAUCUGUAAAGUGCAAUGCGAGUGGCAACAAAGUUAGCAUCCUCAUGAGCAAGGCUGAUGGAAGUAUUGACUCCAAGAUCUGCUUCUAUGACAUUGAAAUGGACAUUGUCACCCUGUUUGAUUUUGAGUCUGGCCAGCAGAAGGACAGUCGAGAAAUGCUUUCCUCCAAACAGGAGGUAGAAGGGAGAAGCAAUUCUGAAUAUCCAGAACUGUGUGACCACAUCCCUGCUAGUCACUUCUGGGAUCAAAAUGAACCAAGGCUUUUCAUUUGUGAAACAGUUCCUGACUCAAGUCAGCAAUCAUUAGACAUGAAGCAGCAAUCAACAGAAAAUGCAAUGAAUGCUCUGAUUAUAUCCUUCUUCUGUACUGAAGAGCAUGGGCUUUUGCUCCAAGACAGCUUUCUCUUGCCGUCAGCCUACCAGUCACUUCUGGGCAUGGAAGUGCCGCAUUAUUACUUUGCCAAAAAGCCAGAAGCUGAGAAAAAAGAGGAAGCAGGGCCUGGUGUGGAACCACUCUGUCAGAUGGUAGCUAGAAGGCCAAUGCGAGAUUUCAUUGGACUGGAAGAGUGUGACAAGACCACACGUGAUGCUAUGCUUAACUUUAGCUUCUACCUCACCAUUGGGAAUAUGGAUGAGGCCUUCAAAUCCAUCAAGCUCAUCAAAAGUGAAGCUGUCUGGGAGAACAUGGCUCGUAUGUGUGUGAAGACUCAACGGCUGGAUGUCGCCAAAGUUUGCUUGGGGAACAUGGGUCAUGCUCGAGGAGCCAAGGCACUAAGGGAGGCGGAACUAGAGCCGGAGCAGGAGGCGCAGGUUGCCAUGCUGGCCGUUCAGCUGGGCAUGCUGGAAGAUGCUGAGCGGCUGUACAAGCAGUGCAAACGCUAUGAUCUCUUGAACAAGUUCUACCAGGCCUCAGACCAGUGGCAGAAAGCCAUCGAAGUAGCUGAGGCUCAUGAUCGAGUCCACCUACGCACCACCUGCUACAACUACGCCAAGCACUUGGAAGCCACAGGCAGUCGCAGUCUUGCACUCUCCUAUUAUGAGAAGUCGGACACUCACAAGUUUGAGGUGCCUCGAAUGCUUUCAGAAGAUUUGCAAGCUUUGGAAUCUUAUGUCAACAAGAUGAAAGAUAAGGACUUAUGGAAGUGGUGGGCGCAGUACCUGGAAGGUCAGGCUGACAUGGAAGCUGCCUUCAGAUAUUAUGAACUAGCCCAGGAUUAUUUUUCUAUGGUCCGUAUUCACUGUUUCCUAGGUAACAUCCAGAAGGCGGCUGAGAUAGCCAAUGCAACCGGUAACUGGGCAGCUUCAUAUCAUGUCGCCCGUCAGUAUGAGAGCCAUGACGACAUCAAGCAAGCCGUGCACUUCUACACCAGAGCCCAGGCGUUUAACAAUGCUAUUCGGUUGUGUAAGGAGAACAACCUGGAUGACCAGCUGAUGAACCUGGCUCUCCUCAGUUCACCAGAAGACAUGAUCGAAGCUGCACGCUAUUACGAAGGGAAGGGCGAACAAAUGGACAGGGCAGUGAUGCUGUACCACAAGGCAGGACACCUCUCCAAAGCGCUGGAGCUGGCCUUUGCCACGCAGCAGUUUGCGGCCCUGCAGCUCAUCGCUGAGGAUCUGGAUGAGAAGUCGGACCCCGCCUUGCUGGCUCGUUGCUCGGACUUCUUUAUUGAGCACGCCCAGUAUGAGAAGGCCGUUGAGCUUUUGCUAGCUGCCAAAAAGUACCAGGAUGCCCUGCAGCUCUGCCUGACGCAGAACCUGACCAUCACUGAGGAGAUGGCCGAGAAGAUGACCAUUUCAAAGGACUCGAAGGAGCUUCCAGAAGACUCCCGCCGGGAGCUCCUGGAGCAGAUAGCCGACUGCUGCAUGCGGCAGGGCAACUACCACAUGGCCACCAAGAAAUACACCCAGGCAGGAAACAAGCUGAAAGCUAUGAGAGCACUGCUGAAAUCCGGAGACACCGAGAAAAUUGUUUUCUUUGCCGGAGUGUCCAAGCAGAGGGAGAUUUAUAUCAUGGCUGCCAACUACCUCCAGUCCCUGGACUGGCGAAAGGACCCAGAGAUCAUGAAGAACAUCAUCAGCUUCUACACCAAGGGGAGAGCUCUGGAUCUCUUGGCUGGCUUUUACGAUGCUUGUGCUCAGGUGGAGGUAGACGAGUACCAGAACUACGAGAAGGCCCUUGGAGCCCUGACAGAAGCAUACAAGUGCCUGUCAAAGGCGAAGACGCGGAGUCCAGUGGAGCAAGAGAGCAAGCUUGCACUCUUGCACAGCAAGAUGGCCAUGGUGAAGAGGUUUAUUCAGGCCCGAAGACUUUAUGCCGAGGACCCCAAGGAAGCAGCCAGGCAGUGCGAGCUGCUGCUGGGAGAGCCAGAGCUUGAGAGUGCCGUCCGUCUGGGGGACGUCCUGGGCUUCCUCGUGGAGCACCACCUGAUGGCGCAGGAAUUCCAGAUGGCAUACCGGUACCUAGAAGAGAUGCGGAAGAAAAUUCCAUGUGUGAACCUGAAUUACUAUGUGACCCAGCAGACUGUGGAGGCAGUUCACAGAGGACUGGGCAUUCCCCUGAGCCGAAACCCGGCCCCAGAGAGAGUCCGCCACAACAGCAUGGAGGACAAGGAAGUGGAAGAGGAGGUGGCUGACGAGGCAGAGCCUUCCUAACACAGCUCUGCCUUUGUGAGAUGGCACUGCUCUUCCUGUAUUGCUAACAGAAAGCUGGGAGAUUAGCUAGCUUUGUUUUAUUAGGGGCAAUAAGCCAAUUUGCUUGGCUCUUUAAUAGCUUGUUCAAUACAAUUGGGGUGCACGGGCCAAACGGUUGAGGCUUUGUGCGUCUUGUGGCAUGUCAUAAGAUAGUUUCAGAUGUAAUUGUUCAGCAAAAAACAUUUCAUAUUCAGAUAUAUUUUAAUAUUUUUAUUAAACAUUUUAGUAACACA